AUGGAGAUGAAGGAGCUGGAGACGGAGGAUCUGGAGACGGCAAUCGGUGUCUCUGCUAAUGCCAGCGAAUGGCUUCCCUCUCAAGUCCUGGAAAAUCAGCCGUCGCUGGUGCUGCUGGAACGUCAGGCAGGGCAGCGGGGAGACGUGGUGUCGGACUCCAGGGAGAGAGAAGGGUGGGCAGAAAAGCAGAGGACAGAGGCCCCUGCCCAACAGCCCCUGGCUGCCCCACAGAACAGCAGCCCUCUGGCCUCUUCGGCAGCUGUUCCUGAGCAGAGAAGCAGGAGGAAGAAGGGCCAGAAGAAGAAGCAGGCGAAUGCCAAGGCAGCCACCCAGGAGGGCAGCUCUGCCGCCUCCACAGCAGCCUUCUCAGAAGCCAUUUCCCAGCUGAAGCUCUGGAGGAGGAGGGAACAGAAGAACAUAUGGACUGUCGACCACAUUCAGGGGACAAAACUGAGGAUGAACAAGAGGAGAAGGCCCAGUUACCGCCCUGAGGACCAGGAAGCCUUCUACCGACUUCUGGAGGAUCCUGUUAUCCAGAGCUUCCUGGAGGCCGACAUUUUCCUCAAAGUGUCUGACAAGUACCUGCUGUCCAUGGUGGUGGAGUACUUCGGCCGUGUUGGGCUUCCUGGACACCUCUACAACAGGGUCCACUUCUUCCUGGCUCUCUACAUCGCCUCUGACAUGGAGGAGGACAACCCUACCCCCAAGCGCAGCAUCUUCCAGUUCCUGCUGGGCAAGGAGCACUGGCCCGACUUCUACAAGGAGUUCCUGAAGCUCAAGGUGGAAUUCUUCCACGCCAUGGGGCACCAAGCCUGGGUCACCCCAGAGCUGUGUGAGGAGAUCCAGGCCCAGAAUCCACACCACUGGGUCUGGAGCAGGGUGCGCCAGUGCGCCCCCUAG